GUAUUCGAUUUCUCUUUCAUGGUGCUGAUUUGAUAUGGGGGGAUUUGGGCUACUCUAGAAGAAAUAGCAGAUGUAAUUGAUGUUAUGGAGAUUUAUAGUAAUUGCUAAAAUCUCUGUGGAGUGUGGACAUGAAACGAUGAAGUUGUAUGCCUUUUCAACUCGAAUCUCUCAUAGUUGAUGCUGCAUUGAAGUCUUGAAUAAUGAAUAAACUAGAUACUACUAUACUGGUUAUAGGAUCUGAAUUGAAGCUACGUCCUACAUGGAUGAUUCUCCAGUUCUGUGGGCUUACAUUUUCUUUUGUGCAGUAAUGAGUUUAUGCACACAUUUUCAACUCAAUAAUAUGCGUUGCUAGGUUUAAAAUAAUUUAUAGUUUCGAAGGUUUGUUAUGUAUUUUCUUCUAGACAUUUGAAACAAGGGCAGACUGAUAUACUUUUUAGAAGCUGAUGCAAGUUUAUACAAGACAAACAAUUUAAGGGAGACAAGCUUUUAUUCUUCCUAAACGGUCAAUUGAAUGAUGAAAAGGCGUCUCUGGUGUUUCUUGGCUUAAGUCGUUGCCAAUCCCUUCCUUUAUCUAACAUUCAUUAUUGUUUCCUGACACUUCCCAUGAUACAAAUGAGUGAUGAAUUUGGAGAGUAAUGAUGUUUGUGAAGACUAGAUUCUGGAAGAAGUUUCUUCAGCCUCCUCUGCCAAUAACAUUUCAAAAAAGCAUUGCUUGGUUUAGUGGACUAGGUUUUGGUACCUUUCCUUCAUUCACCACACUUGAAAUAAUUCCUUUCUUGGUGAUCAGGCAGUGGUGCAUUUGGUUUUGUUGGAAUAGUGGCACUUUGGAUGAUUGAGUUGGCUUUACUAGUAGCAUAGCAUACAUAGUUCCAGAACAUCCAGUAUACCCUGAGACAUGUCGGCUGUUGAUAUAUCCAAAUAUGAACAUAGUCCUGUUCAUAAGGCCAUCAUUUUGAAGGAUUAUGCUGGUCUCAGGAGAAUUAUUUCGGGCCUUCCCAAACUUGCUGCCCCAUCUGAGAUACAUGCAGAAUCAGUUUCAAUUGCAGAAGAAGCUAAGGCUGAGGCCAUAGCUGCUGUGAUUGAUCGACGUGAUGUCCCUAGCCGAGAAACUCCACUUCAUUUGGCUGUUAAAUAUCGUGAUGAGAUUGUGACGGAGAUGCUUAUGCUUGCUGGUGCAGAUUGGAGCUUGCAGAAUGAUCAGGGUUGGAGUGCAUUACAGGAAGCAGUCUGUAAUAGAGAAGAAGGGAUUGCGAGAAUCAUAGUCAGGAAUUACCAGCCACUGGCCUGGGCGAAAUGGUGCAGAAGGCUGCCUCGGUUGAUUGGGACAAUGCGAAGGAUGAGAGAUUUUUAUAUGGAAAUCACAUUUCAUUUUGAGAGCUCAGUUAUCCCUUUCAUAUCAAGAAUUGCCCCUUCUGAUACUUACAAAAUUUGGAAGAGGGGUGCAAAUUUAAGGGCUGAUAUGACUUUGGCUGGUUUUGAUGGUUUCAGAAUACAACGAUCUGAUCAGAGUAUUCUUUUCCUUGGUGACGGCUCUGAGGAUGGUCAAGUUCCUCCAGGUUCACUAUGCAUGAUUUCACACAAAGACAAAGAGGUUAUGAAUGCUUUGGAUGGUGCUGGUGCUCCAGCAACCGAUGCAGAAGUGCAGCAAGAAGUUACUGCAAUGUCUCAGACCAAUAUAUUCAGGCCUGGAAUUGAUGUGACUCAAGCAGUUCUUUUACCUCAAACAACAUGGAGGAGAGUAGAGAAAACAGAAAUGGUGGGACCCUGGAAAGCUAAAGUUUAUGAUAUGCACAAUGUGGUUGUUAGUAUCAAAUCAAGGAAGGUGCCAGGGGCCAUGACAGAUGACGAGUUAUUUAGUUCUUCUUGCAAUGAGAAUGAAACAGAGAAUGAGCUUGAUGAUGUCUUGACAGAGGAAGAAAGAAGGCAACUUGAGGUUGCUCUUAAGAUGGACUCAUCAGAUUUGGGCAACGAAAAUGGUGAUGACAUCAUACCACACCGUCAUAGUUGUUAUGACCACAGGGAUAUAUCCAUCGGGGACAUAGACAGUUGUAGGAAUGGAGAAGUUAAGCAAGAAAAGAAAGGAUGGUUCAAUGGAUGGAGGAGAAGGGAAAAUAAGCCGGUCGAUGAGAAAAAAGUUGCUCCCCCUAGAAGCUCUUUGUCUGUGGAAGAGAAAGUUAGUGAUUUUCUAGAGGACUCUCCUAGAAGUCAAAAUAGGACAGGUAGGCACUCUGUCGAAGUGGUCGUGAAACGGGAUGAUCAUCGGAGAGGAAAAGACUCUAAAGCUUCUUCAUCAACAAGUUCUGACAGUGGAACUCGAAGAAAGGAUGCAAGUCGGGAAAAUGAGUAUAAGAAAGGUUUAAGGCCCGUUCUUUGGCUCUCUCCAGAUUUUCCAUUACGAACUGAAGAACUCUUGCCCCUGCUCGACAUUUUAGCUAACAAGGUCAAAGCUAUAAGACGAUUAAGGGAGUUAUUCACUACAAAACUACCAAAGGGGACCUUUCCUGUGAAGGUUGCUAUUCCAGUGGUUCCUACUGUAAGAGUGAUAGUUACAUUUACAAAGUUUGAAGAGUUGCAGCCACUAGAUGAGUUUUCAACUCCCCCUUCAAGUCCAACUGGUAUUGGCAAGGAGAGCCCUAUGGUGCAAUCUUCAAGUUCGUCUUGGUUCCAGUGGAUAAAAUCUCCAUAUCAUCGGCCCAGUUCUUCUGCUGGUGGCUCUAGCAGCAGGAUUGAUAAUCUUCAAGAUCCAUUUGCAAUUCCUUCCGAGUAUUCAUGGAUCACCGCUGAAGCAAAGAAGAAAAAAAUGCAGGAAAGGAACAAAUCUAAGCAAUCGAAAAUUCAGAAGUAGCCUUCUUGACAAUAUCGCUCUGAGAUAGAUCAUCUUGCUGAAUGUCCAGUUCAGUUACUUAGACAGAACAACAGAUUGCAUUGCAUCGGGGUAAGAAUAUCAUCGUUGGUUGUUUUAAUAGUUUGACUCUGUUAUAUCAUUGUGGGGGGUUUAUAGAAGUAUGAAUCUGUGAUUCUUGUAACCAUAAAGACUGAUGUUUCAUGUUUGGGCGGACAGUCUACCAUUCUCAUUUGGCACGACUUUUCGAUCCAUGAACUUUUCAGUUGAGCAUCUUUACUAACAGAUUGAAGGAUAUUGUAUAUUCGUUGAGUCUAUUACUAUCAUUUCUUAAUUGUUUCCAUACAAUUUGAGAAA